UGUUGACAUCCGAAAUUAAGUGUACACAUGACUAUGUCGUGGCGAGGUGUUCGUCGUAAUCUUACGCAUUUGCAAUCAUAGAUCACCACGGUCUUUGUGAAACGCACAUUGACUCGCCUCAACAACCAAAGAUGCCAGGAUCCAAGGUUACAGAGCAAUGUGGUUGGCCACAAGAUGUUGGCAUCAUUGCCCUGGAGCUCUACUUUCCUUCUCAGUAUGUUGACCAGACAGAACUGGAGGCAUUUGAUGGAGCAUCUGCUGGAAAAUACACCAUUGGUCUCGGCCAGGAGAAGAUGGGCUUCUGUUCAGACUGUGAGGACAUCAACAGUCUCUGUCUCACUGUUGUACAAAAACUUAUUGAAAGAAAUAACAUAUCUUACCAGGACAUUGGCUACUUAGAAGUUGGUACGGAGACUAUCAUUGAUAAAUCAAAAAGUACCAAAACUGUUUUGAUGCAGUUGUUUGAAGAUGCAGGCAACACGGACUUGGAAGGCAUUGACUGUAAGAAUGCUUGCUAUGGUGGCACGGCUGCGUUGUUCCAUGCUGUGAAUUGGGUGGAGUCGAGCUCAUGGAAUGGACGUUAUGCCCUAGUUGUCGCUGGAGACAUUGCAGUCUAUGCAACUGGUAAUGCCCGGUGUACCGGUGGGGCUGGAGCUGUGGCCAUGCUUGUUGGACCUCACGCUCCACUUGUGUUAGAGAGAGGUCUCAGAGCAACGCACAUGCAACAUGCUUACGACUUCUAUAAACCAGACCUGACGUCCGAGUACCCUGUAGUCGAUGGCAAACUCUCCAUCCAAUGCUACCUCAGUGCUUUAGAUAAAUGUUAUCAGCUCUAUUGUAAGAAAGUAGCACAAAAAUCAGCCAAAGAUGGAACUGCUGAAUCAUUCACGCUAGAUUCAGGAGAUGCCUUCCUCUUUCAUACACCAUUCUGCAAACUUGUCCAAAAGUCUUUGGCUCGCAUCAUGUUGAAUGAUUUUCUCUGUGAUCCUAACGCCUCCUCCCAGGGAAAAUAUGCUGGGCUAGAAGCGAUAAGAGAUGUUAAGUUAGAAGACACAUUCUUUAAUCGUGACGUUGAGAAAGCCUGUAUGACAGCAAGCAGUGACAUCUUUAAACAGAAGACAUUACCAUCAUUAUUGGUCGCCAAGAGUGUAGGAAACAUGUACACGCCAUCUUUGUAUGGAGGCUUAGCAUCUGUGAUAUCAUCUUAUAAAACUACACCAGAAUUCAGUGGAAAAAGGAUCGUCUUGUUCUCUUAUGGUUCUGGACUUGCCUCAACCCUUUACUCUGUCCGAGCAAGUGACGAUGCCUCUCCUGGGUCCAGUCUGGACAAACUGAGGUUGAGCUUUGCUGAUUUAAACACCAGAUUGGCGUCAAGACAGAAAGUCCCGCCAGCUGAUUUUGAUGCAGCGAUGAAGCUAAGAGAGGAGACUCAUCAUAAAGCGCCCUAUACCCCCGUUGGAUCAACAGAUGUGCUUUUCCCGGGUACGUGGUACCUUACACAUGUUGAUGAAAUGCACCGAAAGAAGUAUGAGAGAAAACCAUUGAUACCCAUGGAGGGAAGAUAUACAGGAGUUCCAGAUACCCAGACAAAGAUUGCUGGUGUGUCUCAAGUCGUUGACUCUCAGAGAACUGGGAGUCCAGCCAGCUAGGCCAGAGGUGACUCUAUCAACAUGCUUAUGAUGUGUAUAGCUCAACGAAGCCUAUGUGUUAGGAAGAUUUACUCAGGAUAACUACUGAUUUAAGUGCUGUACACUCCAAAAUAUUUUCGAGUUUAAUUUAAGUUUUCCUUGAUCAAAAAACUUCAGACACACUAAGGCAAAGCAGGGCAAUUGAAAAUAAUGGUUAUCAUUUAUUUGCAAAUUUAAACGAAAAGCUGUUUUGUCCUCAGUUGUAAAUGGUGUACUGAAUUUAAAGUGGGUUAAAUAUUUUGGUCUUUACAGCACUGAUGUGUUUUUCAACCUUUAUGCUUUAACACCGGAAUGACCGUUGAGGUGUAUCACUCCUCAGCUGUCUGCCUGGCCAGCCAUUUUGAUGUUGUAUACUUAUAACAAUAUAUCUUUUUAUCUUGUAUAUCUUAGAACAUCCUGCUGAUUACUGCGGGGAGGGGGGGGGAUCAGGCAAAAAUGAUAUGAUGGAGCUAGGUAAAGUGGAAUUCUGCCGUUCAUAAUACUCAAAAUAAAAUCAAAUUCUUACUAAUUAUUUUGUCUAUAAAACAAAAGCUUUAGAAUGUUCAGCAUUUUAAGUUGAACUUUGAAAUUAAUCAUGCUAAUUUGCACAUUUGUCUUGUUGGACAUCAAACCUUUGUGCUAACAGAAAGAUUUGCAUUUGCAUUGAAAGGAUUUUGUCACACAGUUGUUUUGCUUCUUUGUUAUAUGUCACUGUAUCAGGUGUUUUCAAUAAACAUCAAUGUGUUUCACAAUUCUGACAAUGUAAGGAAGGGGGAGGGGGUCAAGGGCCUGUAAGGAUUGCCUUUUCAUGUAAAUGAUAAAUGCUGUCGCAGCAUUUUUAAUAUUCAGUCAAGUAUGAGCAGUUAUUUCUUUUGCUAGAGAGGGGGUGAGAAGUCCUCGAUGGAGAAAUAUUUUCUCCUUUGAGUAGGUGCUGUUUAGAAGUCGAUUAUUUCAAGUUGAAACAGUCUAUUGAUGCCAAUCAUGGGGCACAGAAAAAAAUUAUGCCAUUCUGUAUGCAGAGUAGUCGCCUGUUAUGAUAGAUAUAAACUAGUCCUUGUGAGAUGAUGUGUGAUAUUCAUUUAUGAAAUCAUUCCACUGUUUUGUGAACACUUAAAUACAUGUAUUAUGUAAA